AUGGACUUCGACGAAGACCUCGGAUGCUGCGCCUGCUGCGGAUGUCUAUGCUGUUGCCUCUUCAAUGGCAUCUGUAACCUAAUAUGCACUCUCAUCGUAAUCCUAGGAGUCUUUGUUUUCCUCUUCUGGCUCAUCGUUCACCCUAUUCCUCUCAAAUUCAGCGUAACAGAUGCAUCCCUUACUCAAUUCAGUUUCACAAACAACAACACCCUUAACUAUAAUCUCACUCUCAACAUCACAAUCCGAAACCCUAACAGAAUGCUUGGUAUCUACUACGAUAACAUUGAAACGGACGCGUUUUUUCAAGGUGUUAGGUUUAGUUCUCAAACCCUAGGAGCAUUCUUUCAGCAUCGUAAGUAUACAAGCUUCUUGAAGCCUGUUUUUAAUGGCCGGCAAUUGGUUCCUUUGAGGUCUGAUCAGAUUUCAGAAUUCAAGAAGGAGAGGAAAGACGGAGUUUAUAGAAUUGAUGUGAAGGUUUUGCUUGAUGUGAGGUUUAAAUUGGGUUUGUUUAAGAUAGGGAAUGUGGAACCUAGGGUUCGUUGUGAUUUGAAGGUUCCUAUGAAAACAGGUAAUAGAACUUUGUUGAUGAAUGGGUUUCAAGCUACUGAUUGUGAUUGGGAUUACAAAUGGAGGUGA